AUGCAAAUCGCCACCUUCACUAGCAUCCUGGCCCUCGCGGUCUCUGCCAGCGCCACCACCGUCUACGGCACGCUCCAGAUGUGGUACGACGCAAAUGCCACCUGCACGCAGGACACGAUCCUCUACCCAGAGGGCCAAAGCCUCGCAUUGGGCACUCUCGACUCCUGUGACGCGGUCACUCCCGGCGUCGAAGGUGCUGAGUUCCAACUGUUCGAAGGCAUCCCUCUCACUCCCCUGUUCGGCUUCCAACUAUACUCCGAUGCUGAAUGCAAGGAGCUGGUGACGGACGAGUCGCAAAAGUGUGUCACGGGCGUCAAGUCAUACAAGAUUGUGCGCCUGUAA